CCCAAGAUAUACUCAUAUAUUUAAGCCGAGCAACUCUCCUGCCCUCGAGAUCCCACACUGCAUGCCACGCAGCCUCUUUCUCACCUGUACGAGAGAGAGAGAGAGAGAGAGAGAGAGAUUUGAGGUUCAUGCAUGCAUAGUUGGGAGGAGCUGGAAUAAAUGCAGGAAAUGUUUGAGCAAGUGAGGCUAUGGUUAUUUGCUUGUGUGUGAUCUGAAGGUGGAGGUGCAGCGAAGUGCAGUGCGGCAGAGGAUGAUGGGAGCUCUGCAUGUGCAGAGCAAUGGUGAUGAUGGUGGUGACAGGUUCUUCCCUGACCUUGGGUAUGCAGAGGUUGAUCAUUCAGGGAGAUAUGGCAGGUACGAUGAGAUUCUUGGCAAGGGCUCCUCAAAGACUGUGUACAGGGGGUUCGAUGAGCACCGGGGCAUGGAGGUGGCGUGGAACCAGGUGCAGCUGCACGACUUCCUGCGUAGCCCCGGCGAGCUGGAGCGCCUCUACAGUGAGAUCCACCUGCUCAAGUCCCUCCGCCACCGCGCCGUCAUGCGCCUCCACGCCUCCUGGGUCGACGCCCCACGCCGUGCCGUCAACUUCGUCACCGAGCUCUUCACCUCCGGCACACUCCGGCAGUACCGGCAGAAGCACCGGAGAGUCAGCGCGGCGGCGAUCAAGCACUGGUGCCGGCAAAUCCUGGAAGGCCUCGCGUACCUGCACAGCCACGGCAUCAUCCACCGGGACCUCAAGUGCGAUAACAUCUUCGUCAACGGCAGCCAGGGCCAGGUCAAGAUCGGCGACCUCGGCCUCGCCGCCGUCCGCCGCCGCACCUCGCCCCACGCCGCCCACUGCGUAGGCACGCCGGAGUUCAUGGCGCCGGAGGUGUACGCGGAGGCAUACGACGAGCUCGCCGACGUCUACUCCUUCGGCAUGUGCGUCCUAGAGAUGUUCACCCUCGAGUACCCCUACAGCGAGUGCGCACACCCCGUGCAAAUCUACAAGAAAGUCACCUCCGGUAUAAAGCCGGCGGCUUUGCACAAGGUGAAAGAUCCCGCGGUGCGGCGGUUCAUCGACAAGUGCUUGGCGCCGGCGUCGCGGCGGCCAACAGCGAUCGAGCUGCUCAACGAUCUUUUCCUGCAGAUUGAAGACGAUUGCUUCUGUUAUGGAGUUGGGGACUACAGAGCGAUGUACAAUUACCUGCACCAGCCUGAUUGCCUGGACCACCACCAUGCCGGCAGCAACGGCUCCACGGCGAGCAACGGGGUGUCCAAUGGCGGUGCCGUCGUCAAAGACGGCGACAGAUGGGAUUCCGAGGAUGAUGAAGGGAGCAUGUUCCAUGGCAUCGACCAGUUGUUCAAUGAGCAUGAAGAUGAGCACAUUGCUGGUGUGUACAUCACAAUCAAGGGGAAGAUAAUGGGGGAUGGGAGCAUCUUCCUCCGGCUGCGCAUCGCCGACAAAGGCCGCACAGGUGAUGACACAGGGCGAGUCCGAAACAUCCACUUCCCGUUCGACGUCGAGGCCGACACCGCGCUGAGCGUCGCCACCGAGAUGGUUGCGGAGCUGGACAUCACCGACCACGAGGUGACCCGCAUCGCCGAGAUGAUCGACGGCGAGGUCGGUGCGCUGCUGCCACACUGGAGGCCAGGUCCUGGCAUGGACGACGACGACGGCGGCGGCGGCGGCAACGCCGAUGCUCCGGACGCGUCAGGCGCUAGCUAUUGCCAGAACUGCCGGUCCAGCGCGUCCUCCAGCGGCUCGCUCGACGACUACAUGUCGGCGGCGGCGCGGCGUGGCUGCCGGUGCGCGGAGCUGCACGGCCGGUUCGAGGAGAUCACGUUCCAAGCUGACGGGGAGCAGGUGCAAUUCCAGGGUUCAGGGUGCAGCUCCGACGAUGGAGGCGGCCGGCCAGGCUGAGCAGUGCGCCAAAGACAAGGAGCUCAUGGACAUGCAUGGUCUGGUACAGAAUGGUAUUACUGAAUGAAUGUUCAGAACAGCCUUGAUUUGCUUUCCUCACAGGAGCAAUCCUGUUUUUUUCCUGAUCGCUAUGAUCAAAGCAAGAUCGAGCAAGUCAUCCGACGUCGAUACGGACCGAAUUUUCGCGUGUCGGUAUGGGAUCAGAGCACCGAUCAGCUUGCUGAUAGGAAAAAAAUUGCGCUUGCACUUCUUUUUAAGUUACGAAUCUCAAAAGGCAUAUAAUUUGAACAGACAAGUGGUUCACUAA